GGACGAUCUCCUGCGCGCCAUCCGCAAGCUGAAGGUUCUGGGCAGCGGAUUCGGGAUCAUCCCGGUGGGGGGGACGGUGCUGGUGCAGUCGGUGCCGGCCGAGCUCAGCAUGGACCACACGGUGGUGCUGCAGCUGGCGGAGAAAAAGGGAUUUGUGACAGUCAGCGAGAUCCGGGACAGCCUCAAGUGGGAGACGGAGAGGGCGAAGCAGGUGCUGGAUCACCUGCUGAAGGAGGGCAUGGCCUGGCUGGACGCGCAGGCUCCGGCCGAGCCGCAGUUCUGGCUCCCCGCGCUCUUCUCGGAGCUGCACGGGCAGGACGGGACCUGAGAGCCGGGAACAGCCCCGGGAACAGCCCUGGAACCCUCUGGAAUUCCAGCUGGAAUCCCUCCCAGGAUCCUUCAGGAAUCUCCCCUUUAAUUCCUCCUGGAAUCUUGGCUGGAAUCCACUCUGGAAUCCUUGGAAAUCCUCCCUGGGAUCCUCGGGAAUCCCUCCCAGAACCCUCAGGAAUUCCAGGGGGAAAUUCCAGGAUUUCCCCCUGGAAUCCUCAGGAAUCCCCCCUGGAAUCCUCGGGAAUCCCUCCCAGGAUCCUCAGGAAUCUCCCCUGGGAUCCCUCCUGGGAUUCCUUGGGAAUUGCUCCUCGAGUCCUUGGAAUCCCAGCUGAAAUUCCCACCCAGGAUCCUUGGGAAUUGUGCCCUGGAAUCCCGCCAGGAUUCCUGGCUGGAAUCCUCGGGAAUCCCUCCUGGAAUCCUCGGGAAUCCCUCCUGGAAUCCUCGGGAAUCCAUCCUGGAAUCUUUGCCAAUCUCUCCUUGAAUCCCUCUGGGAAUUCUCAGCAAUCCCUCCUGGAAUCCCGGCUGCGAUUCCCACUGGAAUUGUCCUCGGGAAUCCCAGCUGGAAUCUUCAGGAUCCCUCCUGAAAUCCCUCUUGGAAUCCUUGGGAAUCCCUCCCUGGACCCUCGGGAAUCCCAGCUGGAAUCUUUGGGAAUCUCCCCUUGAAUCCCAGCUGGAAUCUUUGGGAAUAUCCCCUUGAAUCCCUCCUGGAAUCCUUGGGAUCUUUCCUUGAAUCCCUCCUGGAAUCUUUGGGAAUCCCUCCUGAAAUCCCUCCUGGAAUCCCAGCUGGAAUCCUUGGGAAUCUCCCCUUGAAUCCCUCCCGGAUCCUUGGGAUCUCUCCUUGAAUCCCAGCUGGAAUCUUUGGGAAUCCCUCCUGAAAUCCCAGCUGGAAUCCCCCCUGGAAUUCCCGGGAAUCCCUCCCGGAUCCUCGGGAUCCCCCCUGGAAUCCCU